GCCGGAAGCGGCGCGGCCCCGCUGGCGCUGAGGCUUCACGGGGCGGCGGCGGCAGCGCCGAGCCGGGCCCUGCCCCGGCGCUGCCCAGUCCUGCUCGGCUCCGCUCCGCUUCGCCUCAGCCUCCCCGCGCGGACCGGAGCCCCGAUGGACACGAGAGCGGAGCAGAGCGCGUCCUGACCCCUGUCCAACGCGGCUGCCCCUGCGCCAGCCCCUGUGACUAUGGACGAGUGGAAGCUCAACCCUGCCAUCAAGCCCCACAAGAAGCGCAGCUGGUACCUCGCCUGGAAGUACAAGCUGAUGAACCAGCGCACGCUGCGAAAGCUGUGCCAGACGGGUGCUGUCCUCUUCCUGCUUGUGACUGUAAUCGUGAACAUCAAGCUGAUCUUGGACACCAGGAGAGCUGCUUAUGAGGAGGAAGAGGAGUCUGCACAAGACUACGAUGACGAGUUGCUGAAUGUGGAGGUCCCUAGGCACCCUGUCAGCAACAAGAAGGUCUUGGAUGUCGAGGUGUACUCCAGCCGGUCGAAGGUCUACGUAGCUGUGGAUGGGACGACAGUCCUGGAAGAUGAGGCUCGGGAGCAGGGAAGAGGGAUCCAUGUCAUCGUCUUAAAUCAAGCUACGGGUCACGUGAUGGCCAAGAGGGUCUUUGACACCUAUUCUCCCCAUGAAGAUGAAGCCAUGGUACUUUUCCUCAACAUGGUUGCCCGGGGCCGUAUCCUGAUCUUCACCAUUAAGGAUGAAGGUUCCUUUCACCUCAAAGACACAGCAAAGAAUGUCCUGAAAAGCCUGGGGAGCCAAGUCGCACCAUUCCUGAGCUGGAGAGAUAUGUGGACAUUUGUGGGGAAGAAGGGAGGGGAAGUAUAUGGGGAGAAACAUGCCAAGUCGCCGGCCCUCUCAACAUGGGGUGACCCUGUGCUGCUGAAGACAGAAGUUCAUCUGACGUCUAUGGAAGAUGCUGAGUGUCAUUGGCCUGACACAGAGCUGAACCGCCGCCGGAAGAGGUUCUGCAGCAAAGUAGAAGGUUACGGUAGCGUCUGCAGCUGCAAAGACCCCACACCCAUUGAGUUCAACCCUGAUCCCCUCAAAGACAAUAAAGUCUUCGAUGUGCCUGUAGCUGUUAUUGCAGGGAACCGCCCCAACUACCUGUACAGGAUGCUGCGCUCCUUGCUGUCAGCUCAGGGCGUCAAUCCGCAGAUGAUCACAGUCUUCAUCGACGGGUACUAUGAGGAGCCGAUGGAUGUCGUGGAACUGUUUGGUCUCUCAGGAAUCCAGCACACUCCUAUCAGCAUUAAAAACGCUAGAGUUUCCCAGCACUACAAAGCCAGUCUGACUGCAACCUUCAACCUGUUCCCGGAUGCUAAAUUUGCUGUGGUUCUGGAGGAAGAUCUUGACAUUUCUGUUGACUUCUUCAGCUUUCUGAGCCAGUCGAUACACCUUCUGGAGGAGGAUGAGAGCCUGUACUGCAUCUCAGCUUGGAACGAUCAGGGCUAUGAGCACACGGCUGAGGACCCCUCGCUCCUGUACCGUGUGGAGACCAUGCCAGGCCUGGGCUGGGUGCUCCGGAAGAGCCUGUACAAGGAUGAGCUGGAGCCAAAGUGGCCAACCCCUGAGAAACUCUGGGACUGGGACAUGUGGAUGCGGAUGCCCGAGCAGCGGAAAGGCCGGGAGUGCAUCAUCCCUGAUGUCUCGCGCUCCUACCACUUCGGCAUCGUGGGGCUCAACAUGAACGGCUACUUUCAUGAAGCCUAUUUCAAGAAGCACAAGUUCAACACAGUUCCAAAUGUCCAGCUUAAAAAUGUGGAGAGCUUGAGGAAGGAUGCCUACGAGACUGAAAUUCAUCGGCUCCUGGGUGAAGCUGAGGUCUUGGACCACAGCAAGAACCCCUGUGAGGACUCCUUUGUGCCCGACACUGAGGGCAGGGUCUAUGUCAUGUUCAUCAGGAUGGAGCAGGAAGCAGAUUUCACCACCUGGACGCAGCUUGCCAAGUGCCUCCACAUCUGGGACCUGGAUGUCCGUGGGAAUCACAAGGGGCUGUGGCGGCUUUUCCGCAAGAAGAACCACUUCCUCGUGGUGGGGGUCCCUGCCUCCCCCUACUCGUCCAAGAAGCCCUCAUCGGUGACACCAAUCUAUAUGGAGCCCCCUGCCAAGGAGGAGGGGGCAGUGGCAGUGCCAGCAGUUGCUGCAGCAGAACAGACAUGAGACUGGCAGCUGGGAAACAAGGGGGACCGGGAGAAGACGGAGACCUCCACGGUGCAGAGACAGAGGUGGCAGCAGCUCUUGGAGGCUGGUGACUGGACACAGACUCCCAUUUCAGGCUGCAAAAUGAGACCUCGGGCUCCCUCCAGCCCCCUAUUGUGGUCUCCCUCUCACUGGACAGGGUACUUCCCUGUAGAUAUGCCAUCCCCCCCAUCCCACAAACUUUUUUUUUUUUUUUUUUUAACACAGACUCUUUACUAACGCUGCUCCCAUUGCCCCCUGGCUGGGCAAGGCUGGAGGAAGGAGAUGCGCAGCUGGGGGCUAGAGGUGGCCUCGAGAGACACCUCUGCUUCCCUUUUUGGCCCCCAAGUCCUGAGAAGGCAGCAUGCUCACGUGCAAGGGCUGCAGCCUACCAGCUGGGUGUUAUUUAUUAAUUCUUGCCUGGCUGGCUCCAUGCCCAGUGGUGAAGAGGGGAUCUUCCAGCAUGUCUUCUGUCUCCUGCACAAUGGAUGCACCUUGAUGACUGUAUACUGGGUUGGACAUCUUCCCACACGCCGGCUUCGCUUCUUGGGUUGCAGCGAGUGGUGCAGCCCAGUUCAUAGGCAAAAGGGAAUACUGAAGAGGAGCUGAACUUGCUGUGGACACAUAGGGGAUACCCCAUACCCAGCAUGAGGGCAGUCAGAUGUCCCUUUCCUUUCUCUGCAGUUCUGGGAGCUGGAGAUGACUAUAGAUGGAAGUGGACCGCGCUGUGCGCGCUGCGGCUCAAGCCUUCCUCACCCACCUUCUCUGUGGGGAGCAGCUCUGCCCCACGAGUCGUGGGAGGGGGGGUGAAAGUGCCUUGCAGAGUGUGAUGGGAGCAGCAAGCGGACAUCCCUGUGGCUGCAGGGACAAGAUGGACUGGGAUCUGCUGCAGCGAGAGAUGCUGAGCUCUGGUGUGGUCCUUGCCUGUGGUACUGUAUCCUGUCUCUCCCUCCUCCCUGGCCAGGUACCCCUAGAUCUUGCGGAAGGCAGAGAGGGUUUGUUCUCCUGAAUCCCCACCCUUACUGUGGUACGUUACUAGCAGGGAAGCUGUGAGCAGAGGUGGGAUGGGUUCUGCUGCUGUGGUACACCCCUCAUGGAGAGGGAGGGGGGGUCCUUAUCCCCCCCCUCCUGUGCCUUAGGAAAGACCCCAGCAUCCCCUUCCACCCCCAGCCACUUGGUACUAAUGUCCUCCACCCCACUGGGGAUGAUCCUGGACCCCUUGCUCAGUGCACCUCCUUAUCCAUGCAGCAAGAGCUCUGUUCUCUGCCCAGGUCCCCUAGCCUUGGGCAGGGAUGCUACCCCGUGGCUUGCCCUUGGCAAGAGGAGUUGCUGCUCAGCCCUUUUCCUGUGGUUGCCGGGGCUCUUCCCCUUCGUUUUCUCACUGUGAACUGAGCGUCGGGGUCUACACUACACUGAUUUAUUUAUUUAUUGCUUGUGGGAAGGGGAGGAGAGCAGGAAAGCAGCGUAAAGAGCUGGCAGCCCCCAGCCUGCAUGGGGGCAGUCGUCGGGAGGCUUGUCCCCCUGGCUCCAUCCUCUGUUCCUCUCCUUCCUCCCUUGCCCAGCAUAGGAAUAAUUGUGAGCCUGGGAGAUCUACUCUUUGGCCAAAAUGAGCCCUCUGUGGGCACAUCUCUUGCGUGACUGCAGGGACUCUGACCCUCGUGGUCCCUUGCAUGCCUGUCCCAGCAGCAGGGAUGGGAUGGAUACAGGAGGGGAACAAGGGGGUGCAGGGUGGCACCCCUGAGACUGUGGUAGUGGGCUUGGGUUCAGCCCUGCCCUCCUCUGCCACCCCCAGUGCUGCCCUUUGCUGGGACCCUGCUCUGGCAGCCAGUGGGGAGGGGUGGCCUCUGCACUGGCCCUCGGGGUAAAGCAGGUUCUUUCAGCGUGAUGGGAAAAGGGAUGCGGCUUCUUCCUGGGGAAAGCAGCUCCCUCCCCAUACCCUGCUUUGGAAAAACUUCCACGGCUCUCCACCAUGAUGCCCUUUCCUUGGCAUUUCUAUUCCCAAGGCCCUAUUUCCCUUCUCCCUGAAACUAAAUGCACCACCACCCCCCCCUUUCUCUUCUUCUCUGGCAUGGCUCAGGCUUGGCUUCUUCCUAAUCCCUCUUGGGGCUGGGGAAGGUGGGCCUAAGGAUAGGGAAUGGCUAAAGGUGAGUUCUCCUCUCUGCUACCUGCCCAGCGGUGGCCAGGGGGCCGUGGCUCCCUGCUCUCCGCGGCAGCAGGACUUGCCUGGUGGGCUUCAAGCCCCCCUCUCUCCACACACUACCAUGGGCCCACUGGGUGCUGUUCUCCCUCCCUCCCUGUUUCUCCAGCAAGGCUCUGGUGCGGUGGCCAGCAUAGGGCCAGGUGCGUGGGCAUCCCCAGGGCUUGCAGCUUUCUGAAUCGAAUUAUUUUUUCAAGAGUAAACACUGCAAAGCUGUUGA